GUGGAAGUAGAAGUGAAACAGAAAGAGUGCUAAGAAGUGUGGUUAUGAUGAAAGCGUAGAAAAAACUGUAACGAAAGGCGCGUGAGACAACGAAAGAAAACUUUUCUUGUUAGUAACACUUCGAAGGUUGGAAACGCAAGGAAGAUUUUGUGUGACAGAUUAGCUGUUAUAACAAAAAUAUAAGGACGGCUUCAAACUCCUCUCUCUCUCUCUCUCUCUUUCUCUUUUUCUCUCUCUAUAUUCUCACUCUCUCCAAAAUAUAUAUAUAUAUACAUACACACACAAAACUUGUUCACUCACACACCCACACUCUUAUUUUUGUGUCUAUUUCUUUUCUUGUUACUUUUUGAGUACUGUUUGUUUCUCAGUUCUGAAUAUAUAAUGGAGGAGUUUGUUAUGGAGGAAAAACUGAUGGGUUUUUCUAACAAAGAUGCAACCCAUGUUGUGAAACGAAAACGCACCAAGAGGUUGAGACUUUUAUCUCCUUGUGGUGUUGUUUCUACUGUAUCUAGUUGUUCAAGUGGUGAAAGCAAUACUGAUCUUGAGGAUGAUGAAGAAGAUAUGGCUAAUUGUUUGAUUCUCCUUGCUCAAGGAGGAAAUCACAAGCAACAUGGUGGUGCUGGUGAAGAUGAGGAUGGUGAUCAUGAUAACAAAAGGGAAAAGGGUAGUAAUGGAAAUAAAAAAAUUGAUGAAGUUGUAACCGCCACAAAAGGUGGUUUAUAUAUUUAUGAAUGCAAAACAUGUAACAGAACUUUUCCUUCUUUUCAAGCUUUGGGGGGUCACAGGGCGAGUCACAAAAAGCCUAAACUCAUGGCUGAGGUGAAAAAACCACCACCAUCGCCGCUGUCACAAUCACAACCACAAACUUCAUCACAGGAUUCGCCACGAGUUAAAUUACUGGUUGCGAAGUGUGAUGAGUUUGAAGUAGUAGCUGAGAAGCCUCGUGGGCCAACUAUUUCUUUUCAUAUGGGGAAUCAAAGUUCGAGAGGUGUUAAUGGAAACAAAGCAAAGAUUCAUGAGUGUUCCAUUUGUGGAUCGGAAUUCUCAUCCGGACAAGCAUUGGGUGGACAUAUGAGAAGACAUCGGACAUCUUCGGCGAACACGGCUGCUGUCGCGGUGGUUGACGGAGGAGUUCGGCCGCCACGGAAUAUUUUACAGUUGGAUCUUAACCUUCCGGCGCCGGAGGAGGAUAUCCGGGAAGCAAAGUUUCAGUUUCCGACACAGAAAUCUAUGGUUAUGUCUGCUACUCCGGCUUUGGUGGAUUGUCAUUAUUAGGCAAUGGUGGAAUUAAUUGAAAGAAAAGUUUUAUUUUCUAUUAAUGAUUUAUCAAUGUGAAUUAUUAUAGAAAUAUUUUAAUUUACAAUUAUUCUUAAUUAUCCAAUAUUCCUUGGAUUAUUCUUUGGUUUAUUAAUAUUUUAUAUUUUGAUAUAUAUGUAUGAUCUUCAAUUGUUCAAGUUGGUAUACUUUGAGGUUCAAGUUGGUAUACUUUGAGUAAGUAAGUGGUU